AUGGUUAAGAUUAGUACGCAAGGAUAUACACAGAGGCCCAAGUGUCUUGACCUGAGCGAGGACCUGUUACCGUGGAACGGUGCCCGACGCCAGUUCCAGAGAAUGGGAGGCGACCUGGUAGUGCCCUUCGACGUAGCGGCAAUUGGAGCCUACGCCGGUGUCCAAGCAGAUAGCUAUCAGGCCUUACUACCGGUUUCAAGUUGGAUAAAUGAGAAGGAUUGGCAACAGGACGGUCUUCUAGUUGUAACAGAAAGAAAGGAUACACAUGACAGCCGUACUUCAAAAAAUGUUUGCCCCUGUUUGCCCCUGAUUGGAAACGAAUAUCUUUACCUGAGCGAGGACCUUUUACCGUGGAAAGCAUUCCGAAAGUCGUACCAUGUUGCCAAGAAAGUAGUACCAAGGCGACUUGCUCUUAAAGCCUUCGUCUUCGCCAGUAUUAAGGGCCCCGGAGUGUGGGUCGGCGACACGGACAAGGGGAGUGAGGGCGUAUGGGCGUAA